GGAAGUUUUAUAAUGGAGUCCUGAUGGAGUCCAUAUGGAGUCUCUGUAAUGGAUAUUUAAAAGCAGAAGUUUAUAUCUCUGUUUAUAUAUUUUUAGUGUUAUUACAAAGAAUUUGAAUAAAAUGGAGAUACUCUGUAAACAGAUGGAAAACCAAGCAACAGAUAAUAUAAGUCCCUUAGCUCACAUUCUAAAUUUAAAUUCCAAUAUUAUUUUACAACAGGAAUUAGAUAAAUUAUUUUUAUCAACAUAUACAUGCUUGAAAAAUUUACAAUUACAUGAAAGUUAUAUUCAAACAGUCAAUAAUAUUUUAAAUGAUAUUAAGUUGACUAAUUAUAUUUUGCUGAAAGGAUAUAAGAUUUAUAUUUACGAUAAGAAUUUUUGUCUUACUGUACUGUUUGGUAGUCUUAUAUAUAGUGAUAUUCUUAAGAAACAUAAUCAAAAUGCAGUUACAGAAGAAAUAAUAUUUACUAUUGAAUACAUUUUAAAUAAUUUUUCCACUGAUAUACCUGUGAGCAUUUUAAAAAUACUGGAUAAUAUAUUAAAAAAAUAUAGGUAUAUAAUAGAUAGUAAGUUAGCAUUAAGUCUCUUUAUGUUUAUUCAGAAAUUAAACUCAAGUCCAUUAGAAAGUUUUAAGUACCACAACCAAAAUAUUUCAAAAUUAGUUGUACAAUUAUUACAUACUGAUCAAGUAGAUCGAAUACUGGAUGUCCACUACUUUCCUUUAAAAGGAAUAGAAACAUCAGAGUUUGUGAAUUAUUUUAAAACAAAAGUACAUGAUAAUAUAUUUGCAAAGAAAGUUAUCUUUAAGGUCUUGGAUAUGUUUACAAAUAAUAUAGAGAAUAGGGAAGGUGGAUUUUUAUAUGAGUCUUUAUUGUCAAGAGAUUUGAACUCUUGGUCAACCACUAUAUGGCCUCAUUUUUUUACCCAUAUUCAGUAUACUGAUUUUGAAAGUGAGUUUUUUCAAAGUAUUUUGAAGUAUUUUAUUCCAAGUACAGUGAAUAUUUAUAAAAUGAGCUUACAUGAUGUUACUAUGAACUUAGCUAUUCCUCUGUAUAUCAAAGGCUACAUUCUACUAACUCUGAGAAGAAAGCUAUUUAUUGAUGAAUUUACUAACGAAGCAAUAUUUACCUUAUCAAGUUGUAUUAUGACUGCAGAAACCAGAAGUCUUGCUUUAGAAAUCAUUAGUUUGUGCAAUAAACGAAAGAAAUGUCCUAGCAAAAUUGAAUUGCAACUUGUAAAAUACUUUUUAUGUAGCCAAGGAGAAAGCUUGAAUAACGAAGUUAUUAAAUCAUUGCAUAAAUUUUUGUCUCAUCUAGCCGUUAUCUGUAUGGAUCUUCAAAAUAUUACCGACCAGAAUGAUGGAAAUAAAGAAACAUUAUCUAUGUAUCAAACUUUCCUUAAUGACAUCCAGAGGUUGGGACAUCAGCUUAUUGAAAAAGAUAUUAUUGGCUUUGGUGCACAAAUACUAAAUAUUAUUUCAAAGUUACGAAGGCGUGAAUUUAACUUAUAUUAUAAAAUAGAUGAAUUAUCUUCUAACUGUGUUAAUUUUAAAACUUGUGUAAUAUCAGGAGAUAAUAAGAAUGUAUGUAAUUUAAUAGAAAAUUGUCUAAUAGAAAAUGAUUUUUCAAAUUUAGAAUUAACAAAAUUGGCUAAUUGUAUGAAAUGUGAUAAGUUAGAUAAUGCAUAUUUAAUGGAAUAUAUUGAACACCAUACAUAUAAUAUUUCAAUAUUGACAUCUGAAUCAAUAAUACAUCUUGCAAGAAUUGUUGUAAGCAAUAAUAAGCAUGAGGCAAAUAUAAUACUCUAUUCAAAAUUGUGCACUAAUUUAAAUAAAAUAUUUUCAGAAAAAUUUAAAAGUAAUAUUUUAAAUCUAAGAUAUAUUUUUGAAGCAUUACUUUUAUUUGAUGUGCUUCUGGAAUUGAUAAAUUUUAAAUUCAAAUAUGAAGCUUCUGCUAUUGAAAUGGUAGAACAAUGUUUUGAUGUUGUAGAUAUAAUAUUAGAACAUGUUGGACAAGGAAACAUUUCAUCAGAUGAUAUGUUGUGUAAUAAUGAUCAAUACUCGUUUAAACAUAAAAUUAAGAAAAUUGUCGAAGCACUUUUAAAUAAUAUCCUACAAUAUAUUAUGGGAACUUUGGAUUUUUUGGAUACUUCAAAAGCAGUUAAGUUUUUAUCAAAAAUUAUUGAAAAAAGCAAUAUGAGGCGGCCCACUACAAUAAGUGCUCAGAUACUUAUAAAGGCGUUAGAUAAGCACCAAGGCGAUCAUACGUUUAAUGAAUUUAAAUUUUUGUUUUUAAAUGAUAUUAUGCUAAAAUUAUUUUAUGCUUCGUCAGUUCAGCAGCUAACAAUUAGAAGGAAUCCAGAAAGUAGACUAAUCAUUCAUGCUUUAUGUGUUUCUGACAAAAAUUUAUCGAAGCCCUUUUUGAAAUGGACGUUUAAUGAAUUAAUAAGAAUAUUAUCAGACUCUACUUCCAGUUCCUCUACAGUAGCAUCUGCUUUGCAUUGUAUCGAAACUCUAAUAUCAGACAGUACUUUGCAUAACGAGACAUUGAAGUUUGUGCCGGAUGUUUAUAAAAUUUGUGUUAACCUUUUUGAUCAGAAACAUUGGACUGUCAGGUAACUUUUUAUGCGAUAUACAAAAGGUACAAACUUGUCUGUUAUUGGGAUUUAUUGGAUUAUCCUCUUCAGAUAUUUUUAUUAAUCUUAAACAAGG